CAAAAUGGUGCUCGCAGGUGCGCAUGCUCAGUUCAGUUGAAAACGUUCGGUCCACUCGCUUUGAACGUCCUCCUUGAUAAAACGUGACUAUUGUGUUGGAACGCUAUCCGGCGUUGACGGAGCAAACGUUCGUAAAACGUACACCUCCACACGAAAUAUCAACGUUUGAACGGUGAGUUAAUUAUCAUUUUCCCGAACUGGACGCAACCGACCCUCGAGUGACCAAGGGGCGGUUUUGUCCGCCACCUUGGCGACAAGGCGGCUUGGGGUCGGCUUCAACUUUGGUGUGACCACCGAGACCAACCUUAUGCACUUAUGAUCUUACUUGGACUCCCAUUUGAAAGCAAAAUCUUUUUCCAAGUGAAGGAAAGCCAGAACUCGACACUCCAGUUCCAGACCGAGGACUGUCCAAUCAUCAUGAUGCAUCCCAAGAAGAAAAACUCCAUCAUGAGCUGCAUGGACGGCUUCAUUGGUGCGGUGAACACCAUGGACCAGACCGUCAUGGUGCCCAACCUGCUGAGGGACAUCCCGCUGGACCGCCACGCGGAGAUGAGCCAUUUCAAGUCAGACUUGGACGAGGGCGACUUGUACGCCUCCUACCACCUGCUCAAGACCCUGCGCGGCAACAUCGAGUGGGGCGUAAAAGCUGCUGAGGGCAAGAGGCUCACCCGAAACAACUCCUUAUCCUCCACAUCAUCAUCAUCAUCAUCAUCAUCUGAAAUGGAUGAAGAGGAUGACAAGGAUGACAACAUUGAGAAGCAGUUCCAGUACCACCUCACCGGCCUCCAGGGGGUCCUAUCCAAGCUCACCGUGCAGGCUAACUCUCUCACCAGCUACUACAAGCAAAGGGUCGGCAUAUAAGAGGCCCUCCACACCAGCAAAAAAACAAAAAUUCCUCCUGCUCAUGUUAAUAUUGAGGUGCUCGACUUCUACAUGCCGUCAGUCCACUGUCAAUGUCACGAUACUGCUUAAUGCAUGUGUACACUUACACACUCAGCCCUGUAAGAUUUCUAUCACAAUUGUAUGUUUUUUUUUUUUCACUGAUACACUAAGGCGAAGCACAUUUUCAUUGGAUUUUUAUUGAAUUCCCUUUCUAAUUAAAUGGUCUUGGUUUGUACUUGCACUUUGUAGAAGAAAAUGGUGAUAAUCAACUCUUACUUUUACUAUACGAAAUUGUAACCUGCGCUAUUUGAUGCCGGUAUGAUUAUUCUUUGUACGAUCAUGAUUGUUGACAAAAUUGUAUUUUAAUAAAAUUGCAACUUUUUUCUCA